AUGAGUGGCGAUAAUAUCCAAGCUGAACUUCUGGCAACGAUUGAAGUUUAAAGUUCCUAAAUCAAUCAAUUAUCGACAAAAACAUAAGAUGCUUAGUAAUAAUAUGAAAUUCUACAACAAGAAAAUCAAGAGCUAAAAAAACUUUUGGCUGAGAUAGAUGAAGAAAUGGAGGAUUGGAGUUAUGAUCCAAUGGAGGAAAUCUUAGCCAUGCAAAAGGAGAUGGUCGACAUAGCUUUUGCCUAUUCUGACGUAUUUGACAUACCAGAAGACACUAAGGUUAUAAUUAAGGGAGAGUUCAACAAUUGGCAACCAGAACUAAUGAAAAAAUUAACAAAAAAUGUUUUUGCAUAUAAGACUAAAGUCCUUGCAGGAUACAAAUAUAGAUUCUAAUUUUUCUUGAAUGAGAAUGAACAGCCUUCACUUGAUAGAAGCCAACCAGUCGUUCCUAGUUUUGAAGAGGAAGGCUCUGAGUCCAAUUACUAAUGCGUAAUUAAGAGACAAAUUAAUUCCUAAGAUGGCUACAGUUCCUAUGAACAAGAAUUACUCCAAAAAAUGCCUGAAUUCAUUCACCCUGAAAUGAAGAAAAUGUAUCUUCAAAAGUUUAAUGAAAACUAAGAACAAAUCAACUAAUUGAUAUCAGCAAAUACUAAUGUUGAUUUCAAAUUGGUUGAUUAGCUAGAUACUCUAAACGAAGAAGAUCAAGUAAAAUUGGCUGAAGUAUCUCUUCUUAGGAACCAAAAUUUGUACAAAUAGCUUGAUCUAUAUAAAAAGAAUGAGAGACUUGCGAAGGCUGCUCAAGAGAGUGCUUCUGCCGCAUAGUCUACAGAGUAAAUUAGUAAGAUUGAUGCUGAGAUUAAAACACUUGGAGAAGUCAUUAGUAAUGUAACUAGAGGUAGGUAUGUUCGUAGCAAGUUUGAAGACCCUCCCAACUACUACAUAAUUAACACCUAUUCCACAUACGGACAAAAUGAGAUAGGCUUGUCGAAGAUCUAUGAUCCGAAUGGAAUAUUGAUUAUUGAUGCUUACAAUACAUACAUGAAUAGAAUUUACAGCGAAGAUGGUCUGUUCUUUUCACAGUAUUAAGUAUUGACCAGAUAAGAGUAAGCUGAAUUAGUUAAAGAUAUGCUAAACGAAAGCCAUAUUUUGACUUUGAAAUAUUAGAUUGCAGAAGUUGAUGAUGAAAAGACUUUUCUUAGUUUGGAGGCUAAUCCUGCAGGACUUAAUGUUAAUGAAGAUUAUACAUAUUAUCUAGAUUACUAUAAAUUCCCUACCACAAUGAGUCACAACAUUUUUCGUGAUAUAAGGGCUAGAUUUAUAAACAUUGGUGCUAUUCAUACUUAUAUUAGACCUUAAACUAUAUAAAUUUACACCGCAGAGCACUCUCCAAACUCUGUGAAUAUCUUGCAUAUUCAUUUGAAGGAUCACAAUGAGAAAACUCAGCGCCUUUAAGCCUAUUACUUAAGAGAUGAUUAAACUGCAUAGGAAUUUGAAGUCUUUUAAGUCGAUGCUAAUGGUGAGAUCCCUACUUAUAAAAUACUCAUUUAGAACUAAAAAGUAAUAUCCCUUCUUUAUAAUGGUGAGCAAUGUGUUGAAUAUUUGGAAUUCAGCGAAAAAAGAAUAGCUUAAGGUGAAUUCUAUGAGAUUACUAGAAAUAAUAGUCACUUUAUAUCUGGUGAAAAUAUGAUAUGCUAAAUUGCCAAUGUACCCAGAGGACUGAUAGUUAGUCUUGAUUAAUAAUGCGAAGUAGUUUAAGAAUAGCCUUAGUUUAACUUGCAUAGCUUUUGCCGUGAAGAUACCCAUUUUGCAUAGUGGUAAGGAUUUGUAGAUGUCAAUAUCAAAUCCUUAAAUUUGGAAUAAACCUUAUUGAAGAAUGACAUCAAUUUAGCGUUUCCAAUCUGUGCAUUUUCAGGGUCUAGUGAAUAAACACAGGCAUAAUACCUUAAUCUUAUGAAUUAGUAAUGA